AUACCUGGCACCUGCACACCUUCAAGCCACUCUAUCCGUGACUCCACAUACCGCCGUCCCGGUCCCGUCCGGAAAUAAGAAAAGUCAUGAGCUCCAACAAUACAUCCGGGUCCGACAUCCCGGAUGGCAUCAACCCGGACCUGUGGACUGCAUGGAUGGAACUGCGCAAAGAAUGUUAUCCGGACUUGAUCGAAGGUGUCAACCCUAGUUACGGGUACCGACCAACGCUGGGAGCCGGCAUUGCCUUUGAUGUCCUCUUUGGCAUUUGUGUCAUCGGUCAUCUCGUCCAGCUGAUUCGGUUUCGGCAGUGGACGUCGGGGUUGAUGAUGGUCGGGGCUAUCACCGAAGCAAUAGGCUGGGCAGGCCGCACCUGGUCCGCCAAGUGUCCCUACAACAACGACGCCUUCCUCAUGCAAAUCACCACCCUCAUCAUCGCCCCGACCUUCUUCGCCGCGGCCCUUUACGUUCUCCUCGGGAUGCUCAUCCGGAUUCUCGGGCGCCAGACCAGCGUCCUCUCGGCCAAAUGGUACGCCAUCAUCUUUUGCUCGUGCGACGUCAUCUCGCUCGUCAUCCAGGCCAUCGGCGGCGGCAUGGCGUCCGGCGAAUCCAACAAAGAAGGCGGCGACACCAAGCCGGGGACGCACACCAUGGUGGCGGGAAUCGUGUUCCAACUGUUCACCAUGACCGUGUUUGCCGUGCUGGUGCUGGAUUUCCUGAGGAGGGUGUAUGCGCUGGCCAAGGGCCGAAGGGAUGGACGGGGGGGACUGACGAGAAACAUGAAGCUGACGGUGCUGGCGCUGUUUGUGUCGUUUGUCAUGAUUUAUAUCAGGAGUGUGUACCGCACGGUCGAGUUGGCGCAGGGGUGGAGUGGGUAUCUGAUUACCCACGAGGGAUACUUUAUCGGGUUGGAUGCGACGUUGAUGGUCAUUUCGGCGGGCAUCUUCUUGGUGUUGGAUCCAGCCGUGUUGUUGAGGCAUGAGAUGAUCAAGGUUACUACGAAUGGGAGCGGAAAGGAGGAGCAGGGCACGACCACGGGGAAUGACUCGGAAGGGCAGGGUGGAGUGAGAGAAUGAGCCUUUGAAUCAUGCAUGCCCUGCAAGAGAGUUGUUUUAAGGGGAGCAUGAAAGUUUCUUGGUUACCUCUAAUGAAGUCACGGCAAGGAAAGAGGAAAAGGAUAUCGAGCGGGCGGCCAGCGAACAAACGCAACAACGG